GUGAGGGUGUGCGUGUUUUCAAGGGAGAAAAUUGAUAUUUCAUAAUUUAUAUUUAUGGGCACAGGUUGCUUGUAUUUUCAGCAUAGCCCACAUCCGUAUCCAACUUCACUUGCCGUAUUUCCAUUCACCUCGUCUUUUAUUAUUUUUUUUCUUGUUGCACUUACCAGUGUUUUACUAUUUAUAUAAUUUCACUGGAGCACAAGAAAAAUUGAUGUAUAUAUCUAUUCGAAGAAAUCCAGCACAACGUUUGCAUAAAAUAAAGUCAAGAGGCGCGGAAAUAAUUGAAAAAAAGAAGGAAAGAAAGAAAGAAACAAUAAUGAUUCAAUGAUUUAUAUUCAAAACCUUUUUUUUAAAAAAAAUCUUUGCAAUUCUAACCACUAAAAUAUUGUUCAACAUUCAAGUGUUCAAUGUUCAAGUGAUCAACGUUCAAUAUAAACAAUGAAUAGUACUACUUCUGGUUUAAAUGAUGAGGAAUUAAGCACAAAAUCGAUUGAAAAAAUAUCUAACAUAGAAGAAAUGGAAGAAGUAGAACAAGAAGCAGAAAAGAAGAAUAUUGCUUCCUUGAAUGAUACAAAUCUAAUUUCUGAAAUUGGUGACAUAAUAAUGAAUAAGAAUAAUUCUACUCCACAGUCUGAUUAUUCGUCAAACACUAAAGAAGACGAAUCAUCAUCAUCACCAUCAUCAUCGUCGACAUCCGUCCUAAAAGUAUUCAAUAUCACUGUUGAAGAAGAACAAGUUGGAGAAGCGAUUCCACAGCACAGCAACACUGAACAUAUAUAUUACCUCCCAUUGGCGAUAGGCAGCUCGAAUACAUCACCAGAAAUUUUAGGUAAAGAGUUUCUUGCGAUCACGGAAUCGCCUCCACAAACGAGUACAGAUAAAAUUCUACGUGAUCUAGGGAAAUCUUUGAUCAGCAAAGCUGAGGGUGUAGUAGGCGUUGAAAAAAAGAUGAAGGUCAGAUGAUCGACCUGACAACGGUACCCUCCAGUACUGACACUACUAUGGCUAGUAUUACUGAUACAGUGGUAAAUAUUACGACUGCAAGUUCACCGACGACUGGUACUACAACUCCAACGAUGGCAACCACGGCGGCGACGGUGACACCUACUCCAACUACUAAUGUUAAUCCUAAAGUAGACUUAAUCACAGUGAAUUUAUUAAAUUCAGAUGUUAUACCAGAUAGUAUAGCUCAACAAUUUAAUCAAAUCGCUAAGUUGAAUAAAAGUAGUCUAUGCAGCCGGCGAACUGUGAAAACCACUUCAUCAAAACUUCAUCCUUUAUCAGAUAUAAAACGUCAAGCAAGUUUUGAAGAAACUCCACACAUUGAGCCUACAUCCACUACUUCUUCUGAUGUCGAUAUAACUAGACUACCAACGUCGACUAGUACUUCAAGAAAGCAUAUAUCAGAUUCGCAUAAAUCUUUACAAAAAGGUUUACUCAAGGAUACAUAUCAUGCACGGUUUCAUAGUGAUGAUAUUACCACAUUACAGGAUUAUGGAAUUAGACCAGCACAAACACAAGCUAGUACUGAUGCAGAACAGAUGAAUUCAGGAAAUAAUGAACUUGGUAAUAAUAAUAAUAAUCCCGAUGGUUUAUGCGAUGAAAUACCUAUGAAAAACAGAAGUAGUAAUGUAUUUCGUAGUAAAAGUGCAUUGAGUACUAUACCGCCGGCUAGAAGAGAACAACGAUUUAAGCCAGGUGCUCAAUCAGAGCCUAGUUCGCAGGGUACUGAUUCUGUGUACAGGCAAUCACCAUUAUUGGCAAGUGAAAAUUUAUUGCAUUCACAAGGUCAGAGUAGUGGUCUUACAGGAUCAGAAGAAGGUUCUUCAAGUUCAUUACCUUCACUGGAUACUGGGGGUAGUAGUUCAACUGGUGGUGGAGGAUGUAGCAGUGGUCAUACACAAGCAGAUCAAGAAGAUCAACCUACUGGAGAAAAGUUGAAUUUAAACAGCUCUACAGUUUUACAUUCCCCUUCUAAGUCAGCAAAAGUUGAAAGUGACAGUGAUAAACGCGUAUCACACAGUCCACACCGCCCCCACACUGAUGAUACAAAAGAGUCUCAGGCUGAAAAUCUAUCAAAUUUAGCAGCGGAUAGAACAGCAUUAGUUUUGUCAAGAAGACGUCAUACAGUGAAGGAGUUAAUUCAUGUCGAAAAGGAAUAUGUCAGUGCAUUGACUACAUUAGUUAAUGUUUAUAUGAUCCCAUUAAAACAAGAGAAGAUAUUAGAUGAUCAACAAGUGGAUACAAUAUUUUUUAAAGUUCAAGAAUUACUCAUGUAUCAUAUGAGUUUUUUGAAUACCCUUCAAAUGUGGGAGUUGACAAAUACAGUUGGUGAUAAAUUACUUGAUAUGUUCUCCCGAGAAGCUGUGACUAUGUGCUACUGUUCAUUUGUAGAUAAUUUCGCCAAUUCUGAAAAGACUUUAGAAGCUUGUUGGAAUACAAAAUCAUCAUUUCAAAAGUUUUGUGAGAUGAAAUUACGAAUGAAUCGUAACAAACUUCCACUGAAAGCCCUUCUUGUACAACCUGUUCAACGGAUUCCACGAUAUGAACUUCUAGUGAAACGUCUACUAGAAUCUACUCCAAAAGAUUAUUCUGAUCAUGCCUUAUUAGUUGAAGCAGAAAGUGCUAUACAUCGAUUAGCUUUAAGAGUGAACGCCGUACAUGCUGCUGGAGAAGAUGAAAAUAUUGUCGAUGGUAUCAAACUGAUUGAGAGACUUUUAGCACCAGCAACCCUCACACCAAAUCGUCAAUAUGUUCGACAUGAUAUUGUUUCUAUAGAGGAACGCAAAGAUCCUGUCUGCCUAUUCAUGUUUACAGAUCAAAUUGUUUUUACUGUGGCAAGACGUAGAGGAAGUCAAGUUAUCAAAAAGCCGUUAUUUCUCCGCCUACAAUCUAUCCGUGGUGUGGAUGCUAUUGAAAAUAUCAAGUAUAAGAUAUAUCAUCGCUUGAGUAUUGAAGCUAUAGAACUUGAAUCACGAAUGACAUUGUGUCGUCUUGCACAGCGUAUUGUUGCAAGUAUUCUCCUGAAAAGAUACUAUGCAGAUACUGGUAUGGAACCCAUUGGACAGCAUAGAGAAGUUAAAGAUAAAAAGGAUUUGGCAUUGUUAGCUGAAAUUGAAAAUAUCUCAGCAAAAUUAGAUUAUCGACAUUAUGAUCUAGAUGCUGUAGUGCGUAGAAUGUAUCUAUCGAUUCAAAAAGAACUUGAAGACUUACGCACAGCAAGGAAUGCAGCUACACCAAUGCCCGGUAAUAUUUCUAUUUUUACAGCUACUAGCAAAGAAGGUAUUGAACGCUAUGAAGUUAUGUUUCCGAAUAGUGCAAAACGUAGGGAAUGGGAACGGACAGUCUUGGAACUGAAAAGACAGUUAAGUUCUGUCAAACGUACGGCUAGAUUUAACGAAGCUAUUCAAAUCCCUCGUACACUGCCCGGUAUACAGCUUUCCUGUGCAUCUGUAAUCGAAGCAUCUCCUGUUAUGACAGAAGGAUCAUGUGAUGUUUGGAUAUGUGCAUCAGAUGGUUAUACUGGUUAUAUCUGCCUUUUCAAUGCUCAUCCAAAGCCUAGUAUCUAUUUUAAUAUUCCAUUGUCUGGUUGUACUUCAAGAAUCACAUGUAUAUGCGCUAUACCUGGAUUCAUGCAUCCUGGAAUGAGACGAACAUCCUACAGUCUUGGAAGCCAAAGUAUGCGUUCACGAUGUACCGUAGAAAAGAAACGUUCAAUUACAACAGAUCCACCAAUCCUUGAAGUGGAACAAUCAGCUCUUGAAGAAAGUAGUUCACAAUCAAAAUCAUCCGAAACAGCAAAAAAGAAAGCAGAUUAUGAUACUGGUCGCAAAGAAGAAACACAUUUAGAUACUACUUCGCGUAAGACACAAGAAAUGACGCCACAGGAAAUAACUGAAAGAAAGGACAGUAUUUCACAGGAUAUAAGCUCCGGUUCACAUUCAACUACUCCACCAGACACACCGACCAAUACAGAGUCCACCCUGAAAUUAUCCGAUGUAGAUGAAUCUAAAACAGACGAUGAUCUUCAAGCUUCUAAAACUUCUGGUGACCUUGCCGAAUCUAAGACAACUGAUGCACAAAAAGAAAAUGAGUCGAAAAAUCAAACAGAUUGUCCCCAACCUAAUACAUCAGAAAGUAUAAAACCUGAUUCACAAGAAUCUGGGAAUUCAGUUGUAGCUAUCACUUAUGCCUUCGAUGCUGAUGAUCCGACAUCGAAUGAAUCCGACUCUUCAGAGAUCAGUGAAACUGAAGCUGAAGGUGGUAAUCAGCAAAUUACUGCUGAAAAUGUAUCAGAUAACUCGUCUUCCAAGGAGACUGAUACAAAUAUGAAAUCGAAUGUAGAAAACAAGAAAAAAGAAGGAUAUUUAAACUGUCAAGGAAAGAACAAUUAUCUUAGCAGACCAGCUCAACCACUGAUGUGGUUAGGUACUGAAGAAGGAAGCAUUUUCAUGUUUUAUGCAACUGACAAUUUGAAGACAAGUCGACUACGCCAAAAAAUCAGUUUAUCUCACGCUAUCAACAGUAUUCUACACUUUGAUGUACACAUUUUUGUUGCCUGUGCAAACGGUCACCUAUUUGUAUACAAAAGGAAUUCAGAUGGACUAUGGGAUGUUGAUAAUCCAGUACAAGUGAAGCUACAACCAGGCUCAAAUGAACCGGUUAUUGUAAAGCGUAUGUUAGCUGUAGCUGGCAAAAUAUGGUGUGCUGCACAUCGUUCAAUAUUCAUUUUAAAUCCAACAACACUGAAUUCAGAGCUUACAUUUCCAUUGAAUGGUAAUUAUGCUGAUCCAAGAGGAAUUCAACUGAUGGCUUAUGGAAAACAAACUGUAUGGUUAGCUACAGAAAAUAGUUCACGUAUUAGUUUAUAUCAUGCAACCAGUGGAGAAUUUCUAAUGGAAAUUGAUCUGAAACCUGUUGUACUUGAAAGAUUACAAGAUUGUGAUGAAAUUAUAAUGAGACAUAAAGAAGCCUGUCUAAGGAUAACAUGUCUUACAGUGUGCAAAGAUUUACUAUGGGCUGGUACAAGUGCAGGAGUUAUUGUUACUGUAGCUAUCCCAAAAGUUGGUACUGGUACUACACAUGAAAAUGUUAAACAACCACAAUUAGAAACUUUAUCUCAUGGACAUAUAGGACAAGUACGCUUUUUAGUUACCCUAGACAAUAUUGUUGAUGAUGAAAAUGUUAGUGAAAAAGAAUGCCUAAAAAUUCAAACUACUCCAGUGAAUACAACCACUCAACCAUUAGACAUAUCAAAUCAGACAACCACUUCGAGUACAACAAGUAUAUUAACAACAAUCACAGCGACGACGCCGACCACGAUAGCAACAACAACAACAACUACCACUGCUAGCAGCAGUACAGAAUCAUCUACAGUCAAUCCUCCACGAACAGCUACACUAAGUCAAGUUGGACAAAUGUCUAGACAUCAUUUUGCAGCUAGUCGUAGAGCAUCAGUAAAUCCUUGUUCUACAAUUGCUACUAAAAUGAAAGUUAUCAGUGGUGGUGAAGGACGUGAAGAAUUUAUUAAAAAAGAUUUAUCAUCUAUAGGUGGGAUAAAUGAUAUGAAUAAUAAUAAUAAUGCAUAUAUUAAUAUUGGUGAUGAUGACAGUGAUAAUUAUGUUCUUAUAUGGGAUGUACAAUAGGCUAAAUAUGGCAACAACAACAAAAAAAACACAUACAUUACAAAAUACUGCCCCUUCCCAUGAAAUAUCUACUUCAACUUCCUCUCUCUCUUUUUUUUUUCUCUCUUUCUUCCGUAUGUACAGUCAUUUUUAGAUGAUACAUUUUUGUAUAGUACUACAUGUUAGAAAGUCAUUAACUUGAUGGCGAUUACUACUAUCUAAUCAAUUAUCGCGCCUACAUGGACCUCUCUUAACUUAGAUUCUUUUACUCUUACAAACAGACAGGAGGGUAUACUUUUCUCCCCACUUAUAUAAGUUGCAAUCAGACAUUUCUUUCAAAUUCAACUUAUGGAUGUUGUUCGGACACUUGAAUGCAACACAGUGUCUGUAAAAUGAACGUUGUCAUCAUCAGUCGUACGACUUUAAUAAGAAAAACUAAAUACCUGAUGAACAAGUUUAUCCUGCUCCUCCUCUUCCUCCUCUCUAAUGAUGAAUAUUCUUCUUUCCUAGUGUAUAUUUCACUAUUUUUAUAUUCUAUCCCAUGAAACCAGCAAACAAUCACUCAUAUCAGUGUAAAUCUUAAGAGAAAAUAGACAAAAAAAACAGAAAGCAAUAACCACUGUGAAUUAUAAGUACUCAAUGAAAAUAGAAUUUUUACAUCAGUAGCUGGUUCUACUGAAUGAAGUUAUACGUAUUUUUCUCCCUAUCUCUCUCUAUAUAUAUAUAGCUCAUUUUACUGAUAUCUUUUAAAUUUUGUUGGACAUUGAAUAAAACAGUUAAACACACAAAUUACAUAUAGCGCCUAAAUUGAAUCAUAAAUCUAAAACAAAAUGAAAAUAUGUAUAUUGAAUCUUUUUUCUUUUUUUCGUUCAUUUAUUUCUGAUCUUAUUUGUUUGAAAGACAC